GCGGGAGGAGUCGGGAAUGCUUGAAAGUCGAGGGGCAAAAAGAUCGCCCCCCGGCAGUAGGAGUCAGCGAGCCACUGCCGCGGGAAACUCACGAGGUUAGCUCCUUCACGCGGGUGCUGGUUGUGGGGGUAUUGCUCGGGGGAAGGAGGAGGGACGUUGCUAUCAGGAAGAACGAAGGCAGUUGGUUGUCUGAUGAGGAUGUGAAAGGAGACGAAUGCCUUCGCAUUUAUCAAUCAUGCAUGUGGUAUCGAACACGAAUCUUUUCGCAUUUCGCCUUUAGCCUUCCCUUCUGUUUGUGUCAAUCUCCGCCUUCUCCCAGCGGUUGCUUGCCUCUUUGCUCCAUGUGGAGAUGGGGCCGCGUUUUACCUGUCAUGCAGGUGUCGGAUUGGUGGGGCGGUGGCGACUUUGAUGUACUUGGGAGAGGAGGAGGAGGAGGAGGAGGAGGAGGAGUCGGUGGCGCGGGUGGGACAAGACCUCCAAGUCCCAGCAAGUUGGGGGCGCGUGGGGCUGCGCCCGCUGGCGCAGGCGUCAGCGCUGCUGCGCCUGGUUCGGGCGCGGCGGAGUCGUCAUCUUCUGCGGCGGCAGGUGUGAGUAGCCACCAAUCAGCAGCUGCAGUUCCGAAGCGUAACCUGUCUGUGGAACUUCCUGAAGGCGGGGACAACAUGUCCGUGGCCGCGGCUUCUGGCAAAGUCUCUCCAGAUGCUGGUGAUGGAUUCGAGGAGGGAGGGAUCUAUACGCCCAAUGGAGGUGCACCACCUGCAGGCGAUGAUAGCGAUAGCGACAUUACCGACAUCACGCCACGAAUGAAUGGACGGGGAAGUCUUUGGACUGACGGGUGGAAACGUGGCGUCCGGGCCCUGGGAUGGAGGGAUGGUCAUCAUGAAAGGGUACGGAGCCGACGGAACUCCUUCACUGGUGACGUGCCCUUGGACGAACCUGUUGACGAUGAAUCUUCUAGCACCUACAAGUCGAAUGGCGAUGUCAGUGUUUCACAGCCAUCAACUGACUACAACAUACCUGGGAUGGACAAAUAUCAGAUAGAUGUAUUCCUUAAGGCUGUCCAGAAACAGAUCCAGUCCAAUGCAAAAAGGGGUCUGCUGUGGAGGAAAUCUGCACCUGCCACUGGGGCCAAAGAAAUCAAAUACGCUGUGGAGGACAUGAUGUCGUUCCAAAAGGAUCCUAUCCCUACGUCACUUCUGAAAAUGAAUGCGGAUUUAACAACGAAGGCAGUGAAGCUGUUUCAUGGUGUGCUGAAGUACACGGGUGUCGAUGGUGGAGAUAUCAGUGAGAGCGAUCAAGUGGCUCUUGUGAUCAAGCUCUACAAGCAUACACUCAAGCGUGCAGAGCUCCGUGAUGAACUCUUUGCUCAGCUUAUGAAACAGACACGCAACAAUCCGAAUGGGGAUUGGUGUGCAAAGACAUGGGAGCUCAUGUACUUAUGUGCUUCUGCAAUGCCACCUGGGAAGGACUUUGCGGGUUAUCUGUCAGAGUAUGUUCAUGAAAAUGCUCACAACAAGCUGCUGGAUCCCAAGGCCAAGAAAAUGGCUUCCAGUACAUGGGAUGCUCUUAAGCGUUCGGUGAAAGCUGGAGCGAGGCGGAUGGUCCCCUCCCCAGAAGAGGUUGAAGCAUUAAAGGAAGGGAGGAAGUUGACGACUAUAGCUUUCUUUUUGGAUGACACAUUUGAAGAGCUGAAAUAUGAUAUGACAACAACAGUUUCGGAAGCAGUUGAGGAGUUGUCAAGCAUCAUAAAGUUGAAGCACUUCCAGACGUUUUCACUUUUUGAGUACCGCAAAGUUGUGUCAGGCUCCAAGUCGCCGGAGCCACUCGCAGAUGAACAUAUUGGCCUUGAUGACAACAAGUACAUAGGUGACAUAGUAGCUGAGUUCAAGCAAAUAAAAGAGAGGACGAAAGGGGAAGUUGUGCAAUGUAAGCUCCUGUUUAAGAAGAGACUAUUCCGAGAGACUGAUGAGGCAAUAACUGAGCCGAUGUUUAUUCAGCUUUCAUAUGUUCAGGCUCAGCAUGACUAUCUUUUAGGGAAUUAUCCAGUGGGAAGAGAUGAUGCUGCUCAACUCUCAGCAUUGCAGAUUCUUGCAGAGACGGGGCCAGUAGGGAGCCCAGAAACGUCAAUGGAUUGGCCAAUCCAGGUCGAGAGGAGCAUCCCAAGGCAAAUAGCUGUGACAAGGGCAAAGAAAGACUGGGAGGCAGAUGUUCUGCAAAGAUUCAAGUCGAUGGUGCAUCUUUCCAAAGAUGAUGCGAGGCAGCAACUUCUUCGAAUUCUACGGUCACUGCCCUAUGGAAACUCUGUGUUUUUCACUGUGCGAAGGAUCGAGGACCCAAUCGGCCUUCUUCCAGGACGGCUUGUUCUUGGCAUCAACAAACGUGGGGUCCACUUCUUUCGACCUGUUCCAAAGGAGUAUUUGCAUAGUGCUGAGUUGAGAGAUAUUAUGCAGUUUGGAAGCAGCAGCACGGCUGUCUUUUUCAAGAUGCGAGUGGCAGGAGUCCUCCACAUCUUCCAGUUUGAGACGAAGCAGGGGGAGGACAUAUGUGUGGCCCUGCAGACACACAUUAAUGAUGUUAUGUUGCGGAGGUACUCGAGGACGCGUGCAGCUCAGGCAGCAGCAGUUGCUGCUGCCACUCAGAGUGGUCAAACAACAGAAAUGGCAGCAACAGUUGCUGCAGUUGCUGCAGCUGGAGGUUCUCAGAAGCUUGGGGAGCUUUAUGAGAAGCACAUUCAAGAGAUGAGUGAAGUUCUUGAGAAUGCAAACAAAAAGAUUGACCGGAUGAAUGAGGAUCUGAGAUCAAGGGAUGACGAGCGGAAGAAGCUGCAGGAGGAAAUCGAAGAGCUGAAGGACCGCCUAAGGUCCGAGGAACAGAGCAGAGUCGAGAUUUCGCAAGAGAAAGAGAGGUUGCAGAAGGCUUUGGACGAAAAAGAAAUUGCCCUCAAUCUUGCUUUGGCCGCUGGGGAAACAAAGGCAGCAUCAGCUGAGACAAUCCCAGAGACUUCCUUCCCACCUCAGGUAGCAGCACUACAAGCAGAAGCAGAAAGCUCUCCAACUGCCAGCCCAGCAAGGAGACCUGUUUCAGCCCGUUCAAUGCCUAGCCGGAAGGAGAUGCCAUCAGAAAUGAAGGAGCAGCAGCAAAAGAUCCGCAGCUUGGAAAAUCAGGUAAGGGAGUUGAAGUCUGAACUGAAGGCAAAGACAGAUGAGCUGCGGCAACUUGACCAGGCUUCAAAGAAGACACUGAAGGACAAGCAGCUCCUUGAACAGAAGCUGCAAAGAUUGGAGAAGUCCAAGGCUGGAGAGUCCAGGUCUCUUGAGCAGAAGUUUAACCAGGAGAGGGAGGAGUACCGGAGCCGGAUGCUGGAAAUGGAAACUAAAUUAAGGGACAGAACAAAGGAGCACCAGGAGGCUCAGAACAAGCUCACAGAGCUUGCUGCGGACAUAGAGUCCAUGCAAAGUGACCUGAAAGAAAUCGAAGACCUCAGGGAGAUGAAGGAGGAUAUUGACAGGAAAAAUGCACAGACAGCAGGCAUUGUGAAGAGACAGGCUGAGCAGAUAAAUGAGCUGGAAACGUUGUACAAAGAGGAGCAGAUCCUUCGUAAGAGAUAUUUCAACAUGAUGGAAGAUAUGAAAGGAAAAAUACGUGUGUAUGCCCGAUGCCGACCACUGAGUGAGAAGGAGAAAGGUGAUAAGGAAAAGCAUGUCAUCGCAAUGCCGGAUGAGUUCACAAUUGAGCAUCCGUGGAAGGACGAUAAGCCAAAGCAGCACCAGUUUGACCACGUCUUUGACAGUACUGUAUCACAAGAACAGGUGUUUGAAGACACUAAGUAUCUGGUUCAGUCUGCAAUCGACGGCUACAAUGUUUGCAUUUUUGCAUACGGUCAAACAGGCUCUGGGAAAACCUUCACAAUUUAUGGCGGACAGGAUCAUCCUGGCCUCACUCCUCGCGCCAUAAAGGAGCUCUUCCGGUGUAUGAAGAGGGAUGGCAACAAGUUCAGCUUUGCACUCAAGGUAUAUAUGCUUGAGCUGUAUCAGGAUACCUUACAGGACCUGUUGCUGCCAAAGAACGCCAAGCGCCAAAAGCUGGACAUCAAGAAAGAUUCAAAGGGGAUGGUGGUGGUAGAGAAUGCAACGCUCAUUAGUGUUGAGAAUGCUGAGGAGCUUGAGGCAACAGUUACAAGAGGAAUUGACAAACGUCAUGUAUCAGGCACGCAAAUGAACGCAGAGAGCUCGCGGUCGCACCUUAUCUUGUCCGUCAUCAUUGAGAGCACAAAUCUGCAAACUCAAGCUCUUGUAAAGGGAAAGCUGAGCUUUGUGGAUCUGGCAGGAUCUGAGCGAGUGAAGAAGUCAGGAUCGGCUGGUGAACAACUAAAGGAGGCACAGUCGAUCAACAAGUCGUUAAGUGCUCUAGGAGAUGUCAUCUCAGCACUUGCCACAGAAGAACCCCAUAUUCCGUAUCGAAACCACAAACUGACAAUGCUAAUGAGUGACUCUCUUGGUGGGAAUGCCAAGACUCUGAUGUUUGUUAACAUUUCUCCAGCAGAAAGUAACCUCGACGAGACUCAUAGUUCACUUAGGUAAGUGACUUGCCACUUGGUGUGAAUGCAUUCCCAAACGGGGAGGAGGUGGAUGCGUUGCUUGUGGUGCUGGAAUAUGAGAAGCAAUGGGUGAGCUACAAAAUGUCAUUCAAAAAAGAAGAGAGAAUUGUAUGUAUUUUAAUUCCAUUUAUUUUAUUAUCCAAUUUCACAUUUGUUACGAUCCUGGCUAUUUCCGAAGUGCAAAUUCACAAGGAAAGACCAUGCCACCCAAUUGCGAAAGAAAUGAAAGCACUUGCAAAGA